AUGGCAAGGCGCGUCUUUCUUCUUCUUCGUCUUCGAAACUCCCUCCCCACCAAAACCCAAAACCUCCGAUCACUUCCUCUCUCCACAGACACCUUCGAAGACCAACCCAAUUCAUUCCACCAAGACCAACACCGCCAUGAGCAAGUCCGCAAGCUCCGCAACCUCAUCCAACAGGGCCAACCCGACACCGCAGCUCGCUUCCUCAACUCCCUCCUCCUCCCCUCCUCCCCCUUCUCCUCCCCCUCCGACCUCUUCGACCUCUUCUCCCUCGCCGACCCCACCAUCACCCCCGCAUUCUCCGACAUGCUCCUCACCGCCUGCACGCAGUCCAACAUGCCCAAACAAGCCGUCGAACUCUACAGUCUGAUGCGAAAGCACGACGUCCGCCCCACUCUGGCCGCGCUCAAUAUGCUUCUUCAGUGCCUGGUUUCUUCUAGAAUGUACGAAACGACACUCGAGCUGUUUUCGGAUAUUUUCGAGUCCGGGAAGGGGAUUGGGCCCGAUAAGUUCGCCUACGGCAAGGCGGUGCAGGCGGCGGUGAAGCUCGGGGACAUGAGGAGGGCCGGUGAGAUUGUGGAGAGGAUGAAGUCGGAGGGCUCGGCUCCAAAUGUGUUCAUUUUUAAUGUUCUGAUGGGGGGAAUGUGUAGAGAGAGGAGGAUGAGGGACGCAGAGAAGGUGUUUGAUGAAAUGCUUGAGAGAGGAGGUGUGCCGACAUUAGUGACAUAUAAUAGUUUGAUCGACGGGUAUUGUAAAGUGGGGGAGUUGGAGAAGGCGUUUGAGGUGAGAGAGAGGAUGAGGGAGAGGAAAGUGGGAGCGAAUUUGGUGACUUAUAAUACAAUGCUGAAUGGGCUGUGUAGGGGGAAGAGGAUGGAGGAAGCGAGGAGGGUUUUGGAGGAGAUGGAGGGGUGUGGGUUUGUGCCGGAUGGGUUUACCUAUAGUAUACUUUUCGAUGGACUUGCGAGGUGUGGUGAUGAUCAGGGGGUUUUGGCUUUGUUUGAUGAGGUGACCAGGAAAGGUGUGAGGAUCAAUGCUUAUACUGGUAGUAUUUUGGUGAAGGGGUUGUGCAAGGAAGGGAAGGUUGAGAAAGCGGAGGAGGCGUUGAACAAGUUGAUGGAUACUGGCUUUGUUCCGGAUGAGGUAGUGUAUAAUACUCUGGUGAGUGGAUAUUGUCGACAAUCUGACUUUGAUAAAGCUGCUUUGGUGAUUGAGAGGAUGGAAGCUCGAGGGUUGAGGCCAAAUUGCAUUACUUUCAACACUUUGAUUCACAAGUUUUGUGAGAAGAAGGAUAUGGAUAGGGCGGAGGAAUGGGUGCAGAAGAUGCUGAAGAAGGGACUUUCGCCAAGUUUGGAGACAUAUGGCACCCUUAUGAAUGGCUAUGGGCAGAUUUGCGCAUUUGAUAAGUGUUUCCAGAUUCUUGAAGACAUGGAAAGUAAGGCAAUCAGACCAAAUGUUGUGACCUACGGUUCCCUGAUCAAUUGUUUAUGCAAGGAUGGGAGACUUCUUGAAGCUGAAAUAGAACUCAGAGACAUGGUAGGCCGAGGGGUUACGCCAAAUGCACAGAUAUAUAAUAUGCUCAUCAGUGGUUGCUCUACAGAGGGCAAGCUGGAAGAUGCUUUUAGAUUCUUUGAUGAGAUGGCAAGUAAUGGGAUACGUCCAACACUUGUAACCUACAAUGCACUCAUACAUGGACUCUGCAAGAAAGGACGGAUGGUUGAAGCUGAAGACUAUGCGUCUCAAAUUACAAGCAGUGGUUAUAGACCCGAUGUGAUCACAUACAACUCCCUAAUCUCAGGUUAUUCUGAUUUAGUAAACAUCCAGAAGUUUUUGGAAUUAUAUGAAACUAUGAAGAAUCUGGGCAUCAAACCUACUAUUCAUACAUUUCAUCCUCUAAUUAGUGGAUGCAGCAGGGACGAUAUGAUAUUAACAGAAAAGUUGUUAAAUGAGAUGUUAGAGAUGGGCUUGCGUCCUGAUCGCCUUAUCUAUAAUGCGCUCAUUCACGGUUAUGCAGAGCAUGGAGACACUCAGAAGGCACUUUGUUUGUACUGUGAGAUGGUAGAUCAGAAAAUCAGUGUUGACAAGAUGACUUAUAACAGCUUGAUUCUUGGGCACUUCAAACAAGGAAAGGUAUCAGAGGUGAAGGACCUUGUUGAUGAUAUGAAGGCUAAAGGAUUGGGACCGAAAGCUGAUACUUAUAUCUUACUUGUGAAGGGACACUGUGAACUGAAGGACUUCAGUGGCGCAUAUCUUUGGUACAGGGAACUGGUUGAGAAUGGUUAUCUUCUAAACGUCUCCACAUGCAAUGAGCUUACAACUGGCCUGCGAAAGGAGAGGAUGUUUCAUGAGGCCGAGAUCAUUUGCUUAGAAAUGAGUGCUAAGGGUAUGGAUGACGUUAGCUACAAUGAUGAUGCAAUUCCUGUUGCCAAGGUGUAGGGAUUCUUCAGCAGAAGAUUUCUUCGGGAGAGAAACAUAGCAUGUUUCCAAGCCAGUAGCAGACUGCUCAUAGUGUACACGUCUGUUGUCUGUUGGAAGUCCUUGAAGAAAACUUUAUUUAUUUUUUUCCCAAAAAUGGGGUGGUCAGACAUGUCAUACGAUUUGGGAAGUAAAUUAGCAACGGUUGGCAGGCUGAAAGCAAGCAAGAAGUUCGAUGACUUUGUUCAGAGUUUUCAGUUGAAAAGCUUGGAGCUUGCGAUAUUUAUCUCCCAGGAACCCCAAGUGUUUCAUUUAGGUUGUGCAUUGGAUUGAAGAUCAUAUAUCUUAGUUAAUGCCUCAACGGGUCAGCAGGCUUCGUCUUUACAUAUUUGCAGAUGAAACAGUUUUCCUUGGAGCAACUCUGUAUUGUGGCUACUCGGUCUGGGUUGUUUGGAUGAACUGUGAAAUGAUGAUCGUGAAGUUGUCUGAUUGUACUUAUGGUUGAAUUACUCUGUUGAAUCCUUAAUACACAAUAUUCUGUAUACUCAAGACUUGCAUACAACCUUCCAGUGUGUUAAUUGUUAAUUAUGCUUUAACUUUUAUAGUAA